GUUAUAUCUCAUCAUACACCCUAGCUUCUUUCCUCACUUUUCGAGUAUAUCUCUUGUCCUAGAAAUCUUUCAGGAAACUACAGCUAUUGUCAUGUCGUGGUACGAGGUUGGCAAAAAAGCUGGCUACAGCGAGGGCUACUACGCUGGGAGGGCGGCGGCGCUGAAGGAGCUCAAAAACCAGGAAGGAAUCGACAAGGCCAAGAAGGCUUGUUUGGAUGAGCUGCUGCAGCAGGAUCCGAAGGACAUCUACUACUCUUCGAACCUUAUUCGAGACUUUCUUGCUGAUUUCUAUAAAGCGGACUAUGAUCGUGAUGGACACAUUACCCUGCAAGAACUAUGCCAGCACUGGAGACCUAAUGAUGAGAAAACUUACAAGCAACUUGAAGCCGAUUUCGCCGAAGCGGAGGUGACUGGAGACCAGAAGUUGAGCCUCGCUGAGUUUUUCAUCCUCGGCUUUCUUGGAGACGACCGCAAAAAUGGCUACAAGGCUGCCAAGAAGGUCGACUCGUAAAUGACUAUAUGUGGCGCUUCGCGAGGGAUCAGAGAUAAAGAUUAUCUGUGGAAACUUUGAAUCCUUGUUGCACCUCCCGGAAAGUUAGGUCGACAUCAUGGUGGGGGUCAAGGAAAUCAAAGCAUUUACCACUUUACUGCAAGUAAUUUCUGUCCCCAAUACGAGGACUAUACGGAGCCCAUUGUUUAUUCGUCAAUGAUAUUCAAUAUCCAAGUGUUUUCAGUCUAA